CUUGAUGAGUAUGGCGCUUCUGGACUACGAUCCGGAGUGGGAAGAGGUGGUGAAGGCGUUUCAGGGGAGGAAGAGGAAGCCGUUCUCAACACAGAUCCGCCCCCGCCGCCGAGUGAAGAGCGUGAAGGGAAAGGAGAAGGUUGUGGAGGACGAGGACGAGCAGGAGGAGGUGGAGGGGGAGGAGGGAGAGGUGGGGGAGGAGGGGGAGGAGGGGGAGGUGGGGGAGGAGGGGGAGGAGGGGGAGGAGGGGGAGGACGAGGGUGGUGACCGUCGUCGUCGCCUGCCUAGCUCACUUUCACGUGAGAGAGACGCCACCAUGGCGACUCGUAGCGGGCUGCUGCUGCCAAGCAGUGCCAUUCUCCUCGCGCUGCUGGCUCUCGCCAUCUCCGCGACUGUCGCACAGAGCAGCAACCUCGUCGCAAGCAAGCGCAACGCUGUGAUCGUCGCUCGCCGCGGUCUGGCCUACUCCACCCUCGACAGCGACGGCAACGACCACGACGGUCACGACGACCACGACGGUCACGACGACGAUCACUCCAGCGGCGGCUAUCACGACGGCGACCACGAUGGCGACGAUCACAGCAGCAGCGGCGGCUACCACGACAGCAACGGCGACCACUCGUCGUCGGACGACUACUACAGAUCGCCGUCCAAGUCGCCCGUGAAAUCCGCGGGAAAGAAGAAAUCGCCCGGGAAGUCGCCGAGCAGGUAGCCCAGCAAGUCGCCCGGCUAUCGCGACGACGACGACUACAAGUCCCCCGGAAAAUCCCCUUCCCGCUCCCCAAGCCGUUCCCCCUCCCGCUCCCCAAGCCGUUCCCCCUCCCGCUCGCCCAGCCGCUCCCCAUCCCGCUCCCCCUCCCGCUCCCCCUCCCGCUCUCCCAGCAAGUCGCCUGGCCAUGGCGAUGGCCGCAACGACUCUUACCACAAGUCGCCCGGCAAGUCGCCAGGCGACGAUCGCAACGACCACAGCACCAGUUCUGUCGUAACCCCGGCGCCAGUUGGAGGAGUCUCGAGCAGCCCGGCUGGCGGAUUCGUGUCGUGGCUCGGGGAGCUCCUCGGGGUUGGCCAGUAGGAGAGUUCGACUCGGUUUCGAACCCCUCUAAUUUACAGCAGAAAUGUUGGAUCUCUGCUGGACAAAGUUAGGAGGGGGGUCUGAGAUGUAAAAUUUGAGAUGUUGGGCGACGGGAAGUUAGAUUUUCGCAGGGUUGUGCGAUCAUUUUGUGAGUCCUCGAGACUUGGGAAUAAUGUCGUGAGUUCUUGAUAUUCUGAAAUCAUCUGCCGGUACGUCA